GAACGUUGAUAUCGAUUACCAUAUCACUAACACAAAUACUGAUAAUUUAAUGCAACUCAUUAUAUUGGUCAAAUAAAAUUGAUUUGAGUUAUUCGUAUGUACUUCAAUCUACUGUUUCAACAGAGACUAACGUAGUUAUCUGCCCUCUUAAAAUCGAGUCUCAUCGGUGCCACAAAGGGUAUAAUUGGUAAGUAUUAAAGAAACAGGGUUUCUCUAUCAAUGUACUAAAAGCAUGUAUUUUAAACAUAAUCCAAGGUGCGAAGGAUGACUUUCAACCAGUAGAUCAUACGUUCAUAUGCCUAUCCGGCUAAAUCAUUCAGAGCAGACGAGUAGAAUCAUCAGCCCAGCCCAAAGCUGGGUCAGUUACAUUCCUAUUAUCUGUGCCAUUUGUGAAUAAUUUUCAUCUGUUUUUGUAAUCGUGUAAACUAAGUUUUUUACAGACGGAUUUUUCUCAAACAAUUUUGUUACCUAGCUCAUUGCUGUCUUAUUUAGGUUUGUGUGAAUAAUCAUGUAAGUUUCCUCGAAGCUGCAGGUUUUGCUCAAGAUGGGGGAAAUGGUCUGUGGAUAUCAUAAAUAGAUGGCUCGUCCGAUUUUCAAGUUAAGCUAUCGGCUUGUUUUUCUUGUCACAUUCUUAAUCACAUUCGGUAGCUGUUUGGAUUCAAAUUCACCUACCCCCUCAUGUCUUAGUAUGUCAGAACGAUCAAAAUGGAAUAGAUCUUUUCACUUUAACAACCAGGAGCUUCGUCUAAAGUUGGAAGUCACAAACCGAUCAUCGCAUUGGAUUGUCAACUACAUAUUUGAGAUAUUGGCACGUGAAAGACUUGGCUAUCAGUUUAUAGAAUUUGUCAAACAGGAUAUGGAUCAUCCUAGACUAGCAAUUAGUAGAUUAGAUUGCAAAGAUUCUAACUGUUACAAACUACCAGAUGUUCACAUAAAUCUUGAAUUAUGGCUAUCUUUGGGAACGAUAACAAGUUCUUGGGUCCCACAUAAUAGAGUGAUCGAUAAUGGACCAUUAGGUCCAACUAACCGAUGGGCUAUUUCUUCAAGGGAAGAGUUUAUGUCACAUGUCUCGGCAUUGACAGAGACACAGUCUGAUUGUCGUGAUAAACAUGGACCAACUAAUUCUCAAAUUCCAUUAUCACAAACUGUAGUUCAAUCAGAAUGUGAUCUGGAUAUGUGCUAUGCUUCCAAAUUCCGCAAUGAGUUCAUCCGUUAUUUCACUGGAUCAGAAAUUUCAUCUAAAGGUUUUGCACACUUUCCAAACUUACACUCUUCAUCUUCUGUCAUGUCAAUUAUUAAUUGGUAUCCACAUGAACUUGGCUCUCCUCCUUUACCUUCGGGAUUGCACUUUUUGGGGAAGAAAAACCAUUUAAACUCAACCGUAAUAAAAACUUCACUUGAUAAGAUUUAUCACUGCAGUCGACAAAAUUCAGGCACUUUAUCCUACCUUCAGAAUUCAAAGAAGUCAUCUUUUUGCCAGUUUGAGUCACAGCAAGCUACAAAAUUAUCAUGGGCCAAGCUAAAGAACACUGUGCCUCUCAUUUAUCAAUUAGUUGACCGGAUGCAUUUUUCCCAGUCGGAGUAUGAAGAUCUACUGAAAUUAGCUAACAACUUAGAUCCGAACUCUGGUCAGGAUCUACAGUCUCAGUAUAGAGAUAUUGCUUGCAAAUGGCUUCGCUUGUCUCCGACUCGUUGGGUUUCGUGGACAAAAGGUUGGAACAAAAAGCUAAAUCUUACGGUUGCUGGACUUUUCGCUUUCUAUGGGAAAUGGGUAGUUUCGAAUUUAGACCAUGUUGCUGAACAAGCUAUUAAUUUUGUCAAUCAUAACCCUGAUUACUUUAGCAAUACUGAAUAUGCAUUGACGCUAGACGUUCGUAAUCUUACCUGUUCUCAGGACGUUGUACUAAAUGAUUACUUUGAUUUACUGACAGCUUCGAAAAAUAGGAAGAUUAUUGGAGUGAUCGCUGCUCUGUGUUCGGAUUCAAUAGAACCAGUUGUUGAGGUAGCUAACAUGCGUCGCCAGAUUGUUGUUAGUCCAACCGUUGAAUCAGUCCGUUUUGCAAAACGUCAUCAGUAUCCGUACUUUUUUCGUACUGUUCCCUCAAUGACACAUGUGAGCUUAAUCUUGAUUAGAUUAUUCAGUAGUUGGGGUUGGCGUCGUGUUGCUGUGUUUCGUGAAGACGAUCAUUUUUUUGAUCCUUUGAUUUUUCAGUCAAAUGGUAUAGAUCUUAUUGCUGACUUUGUGAUGAAGGAAAAUCAACUCACAUACGUUACUGUACAUCAAGCUUUGAAACUUAUGAACGAUCGUACUAGUCGUAUCUUCAUGGUUGAAUAUUUCGCUAAAGGUACAGCCAUCAUAUUAUGUGCUGCAUAUCACUUAGGAAUGCAUUUUGAUGCAGGUUACGUCUGGUUUCUUAAUCCUUGGUUAUCGAGCAAUUGGUGGCAGGCACCUGAUGUGCAUCCCAAAGAAUGUACUCAUGAAGAAAUGCAUAACAUAACUUCGUGGACUUUUACAGUUGGACAUCAGUUGAUCAUGGAACCAUUGGCUCACAAAUUUAUGCCUUCUUCAUUUAACGAUGUGAAUUUAUUUGCUUUUGACUCAUCGUCUCAUAAGCAACAGGGCACUGGUCGACAAUUCCGUCGGUAUUCAACUCAGUAUGCACAAGAUUUGCGGAUUCGUAAAUUUAAGCAUCCAUUAUUUAAUAGUCAUUUUACAAAUAACUAUGACGAUUCACCUUCAGAUUCUGAGUUACAACGUUCCGUUUUUAAUACGAAGAGUGAAGAUGUUGAGUACGUUCAUUCUUCUCAUGAUUACGCAAUACAUACAUAUGAAUCUGUUAUUGUUCUAGCUGCAGCACUUAUUCACUUAUUACAUCAAAAUCCAAGUGCUAUUUCCGUUUUUGAAUCAAUGUCAGUUGCGGAGGCAUAUCGAGAGUUAGUUUUUGAAACAGACUUUAGAUAUACUAUUUCGUCAAGAUUCAUUAUGGAUGAUUCCUUUACAAAUCCAGUUAUUUCGUUGGACACAGGUUUCCACUAUGUAUACCGCAAAGAUGAAAUUAAAUCAGCUUCUCAAUUACGAUUUAAUAAUUUAAAUGAGCGUGUUGCUGAUUUUUGGCUUCUUAAACAACAUCAAAUCAAUAUCACUGUUCCCAUUGUAUUAUGGAGUUUAGACCAAGAGUUUGUAAGCGACGAUAAUUCUCUGCCUUUGAAUUCUUUAAUGAAUGCAGCUGAUUUGACUAACUUAGCGGCUUCUGAGCGUUUUGCCCAACUAAUGGGGGAACGCUGGAUUAACGAUGUGAAUUGGGGUAAUAACGAUGGACCACCAGAUGAUGGAUCGGAACAUGAUGAUGACUGUGUGUUUGGAUUCGUAAGCAGAAUUUUCGGUGUGAAUUGUACUGGUUCUACCGUGAUAGCUACUAUUUCGAUUGUGCUCUCUGUAACAGUAUUAUGUUUAAUCCUGUUUAUUGUUUACUAUCGACGCAAAUUAAAGAAAACACAAUUAAGGAUUCGUCAACCAUAUGAAAACCUUUGUAAUGAACUAAAAGAUAUCGAUAUUCCACCUGCCGACAUAGUUUUGAAUCGUCGUGUUGGUCAAGGAGCAUUCGGUAUGGUGUAUGGCGGUGAAGCGAAACGCAAUGGGCGUUGGGAAGCAGUAGCUGUUAAAGUGAUUGGUAACAAAGCUACAUACGAAGGGAAAACAGAUUUCCUUUCGGAAGCAAAACUAAUGAGAAGUCUAGACCAUCGAAAUGUUGUACGUUUAGUUGGUAUCUGUUUGUAUCCGAAAGAAAAUCAUCUUUAUUUAAUCAUGGAAUUUAUGCUAAAUGGUGAUCUGAAGACAUAUCUUCUAUCUCGGCGUGUUUUAGCUCAACAAGUGCCUGAUCAUGACGGUGUUUGUCCAGCUACACUGACUGGUAUGGCGAUCGAUAUUGCUGAAGGUUUGGCUUACUUACACAGGAAAAAUUUGAUCCAUCGUGAUAUUGCCUGUCGUAACUGUCUUGUUGGCUCUGAUGGGGUUGUAAAAAUUGGCGAUUUCGGUCUUACUCGUGAAAUGAAUAGUAGUGAGAACGAAGGUUAUUAUCGCUUUACUCGUAACUGUGAACUCCCUAUUCGUUGGAUGUCUCCUGAAGCUGUCCAGUUUGGUGUAUUUAGUGUUCAUUCUGAUAUUUGGUCAUAUGGAAUUGUUUUAUAUGAAAUUAUAACUUUUGGAGUGUUUCCGUAUGAUGGUUUGGGUGAUGUUGAAGUUGUGGAACGUGUAAAACGUAAAGAUUUUAGCAUAAUCGAAUUUUUGCCUUUAGCAGCAAGAAACACUACUAUCUCUCGAUUAAUAUAUCAAUGUUGUCAGCACCAAUGGCAACAUCGUCCGGCUUCACUUGAUCAUAUUAUAGUUAUUUUACGAAAAAAUCCCGAUUGUGUCCGCCCGUUUCUUACAAAUGAACCACCGAAACCAAACAGUACUAUUGACGCCCUCCGUUUUCAACCUGGUGCUGGUGCAUGUAUCAUGUCGAAAAAUACUCUUGCUUCUGGUGAUCCAUCUCCAAGUAACCCAGUUACUUGUAAUACUACCUCUGAUGGCAUUCAUGGUUAUCCAAUAAGUUCUAGUAUUCGAGGUGUUCUCAGUGCAACAGGUAGCUUGGGUGGUUCCGGAAAGUUUCCAUUGGAUCAUCAUUCUGCGGAUUCAUUUUCAGAGAACCUUAGUACAUCUGCAUUUCUAUCGUUUUUAUCAGAAGCCCCUUUGCAAAACUUAGGUCGACGUCGUCAUAAGACUGCUGACGGUUCGACGACGGCCUGUCGGUACCAUGGUAUUCGCCGAGGUACUAGUUCUUCUUCAUGCGGUCAUACGUUUCGUAGCUCAGAACACAGUUCUGGCGAUCGUUCCACCACUGAAGACCAACCACAUCUUGCCAGUGAAGUUCUGAGAUUCCCUAAUUGGCAGAAGUUUGAUUCUUUUAGUCCUAAAUCAACUAUCUCAUUUGAGGAAAGGAGGUUAAAAAAUUACUCUAAAACAAGACAUGGAAAACCGAGUCCAAUCAGAAAAAUAUUUAACAAACAAACUAGUGUAGGGGACGAGCACAUGGAAUUAGUUUUGCCAAAAAAUCCAACCGAUUAUCGUCAUGUUCAAGAUUCACUAAAUCAAUCUUUCGUCACACCUAUAAGCUAUCUUCAGGAUGAAUCAAAAACUAAAACAUCCCAAGGAGAAAUCGUGUAUGAAUGCGAGGAUUUUCAAAGUGUUCAACAAAAUAACAAUUUAGCGUUUCUUUCUUAUCCAAAUGCUUCAGAUAAUGAAAGAUCUGCUGUUCCUUUAUCUAUUGCCAUCUCCCACUGAUAAACAUUGGAGCUAAAUCGAAAUGAACAAAACUACUGAAUAUCAACCUUUCACAUGUGUCUCUGAAGUUGUUCGCUUAGACACAGCCCUGAAAAAAACUGGCUUCAGUUGCCGCGUUUUUCAAGCUUUGGAGAUAGAACAAUAUACUGCCAGUAAUUUUCAUGGUGUACCUAUCACAAAUACAAAGGAAACAUUCAUAAAUCAAAACUAUUUCUACUUUAAUAGUCUGUUAACGUGUUUUAUUGGUCUAUUUGUAAUUUCCCGGUUUCAGAUAUCCUAUUUCAUCUCUACCUCAGUUUAUGAACAUGUGUAGUCUAACACCACAAUAUUAUUCGUUUGAGAUUUCAUUUACUAUGAAUAUUAAGUAUGUAUUAUGUUGAUGAAUUUUUAAAAUAUGUAAAUGAAAUAAUUUUUUUAGAUCCAGGAAAAUGAUUUAUAUUAAAUAUUCUAAAAUUUAAUGGUAUACACUUUGUCUUGCUUCCGAAGAUACUUUCAUUGUUCACGUAUUCUUUACAUCAUAUUUAUAAGGGUUACAGCACCUCAUACUAUAUGUAGUAUUGGGACUUGAUUAACAGUUAUCUUUCGAUUUUGUAACUUAUAUUUUUUUGGUAGUAAUAAUAGUUUCGUUUCAUCUGUGUAAAUUCUGUUCAACAGGAUCGAAAAAUUUUCUUUUUUUUUCCUGUAAAUUUUUUGAUUUAUAUGUACUAUAAUGCGCCAGCUAUACGUAAUGGGUAGUAAAUUCAUUUGUCAAAUCAUAGAUUGUAUAUAGUUGGUUUAUUUUAUUAUAGUCAAUAUUUCUUAUCUUAUAGAAUGAGAAGUACUUUUAUAUAAUUUUCUUGUAUAUUAUUCUCUGAGCUUGUUUUUAAAAAUUGGUCUUAUUUGUAAUGAUACUUCUUUUUUACUACGAUUUGUGUACCCUUUAUUUGUAUUUUCAGUAACUACCAAAUAAACUUAUCAAAUUUAUGAUACCUCUUAAAGAUCGCAUUCAGCUCAUAUUAGUUUCAUUUAAUUUGAGCCUUUUUUUAAAAAAAAAUGCAUAACUCGUUUUAGAUGUAACCUUACUUCAGUGUUCUAAACUAUGUUGUUAUUUUAAAUCUUUCGUAUACCAGAUUUCUCCUACCUGAUGUACCUGACGAACGGUAUGGUGAAUAACGUAUAACAUUAAUUAAUUAUAAUAAGAAUAUUUCCGUUUCAGUAAUGAAAAUAUUUUAGUU